AUGGCACCUGGAAUCCAAAUGAAUGGUAGUCAAUAUAUGAUCUCUCAUCGUGAAGCAACAUCUUAUUCUGAUGUACAGCCUUUGAGCGACCAAACUCAUCUUAAGGAUAGUUCUUGUUCUGUUGAUAGUUUGCUUGGUACGUGGACAUGUUUAUGGAAGCGUGAAAGCUCUAUCCAAGGAGUGGAUUCGAUUUCUCCUCUUAGUUAUUUUGUUUUUGCAACGUGUGAAUCACUAGUUAAUUCUGAUGGUACUAUGCCUAAGCAUGACGAUUAUGGGAGUGCAUAUGCAGCUACAAUCUAA